AUGGCGGAACGACAACCUCCCGUCGCGGACCACGAUCCACCCGAGGAGAAGGAACUCCUCACCCGAGACUGCGCAGAGGCUGCUUUACCUGAGUACGAUUACAUCAAUGGCUGGAUUGACUUGAGUGGAGACACUUUCAAACUGACCAUCGAAUAUCGACGACCCAAUCCUGCCCGAGCAAAUAUCAUUGGGCCACUCCAUUUCAUCCCCCAUCACCCCGAGCACCCAGCAUGGAGGAGAAACCUCCUACCGUGA